AUGAAGAAGUGCGAACUGUGCAAGCUUCCGGGCAGGAUUUUCUGCGAGUCGGACCAGGCAAGCUUAUGCUGGGACUGCGACGCAAAGGUUCACGGCGCCAACUUCUUGGUCGCAAGACACUCGCGAACCCUCCUCUGCCGUACGUGCCACUCUCCCACGCCGUGGAAGGCCGCCGGGGCCAGACUCGCCAACGCCGCCUCCGUCUGCCACCGCUGCGCCGCCUCCGCCGCGGAAGGACCGGACGAGACCGAAUCCCGCAAUGACGACGACCCAGACACCGAGGACGGCGAUGUUACCGGCGAAGUGGACGGCGACAACCAGGUCGUGCCGUGGUCCUCCACGCCGCCGCCGCCGCCGGCGAGCUCCUCCGGCAGCGAGUGUUCGUCGUUCAGCGAGUGCAGAAACAACGACGACGAAGUUGCUUCCGUUUCCGUAUGUGAACCGGAAACGAAAAAAUCGUCUUUGAAACGACAACGCGAGGACGACGAUGAUGAUGUUUCCGGUCGUGAUCCGCAGGGGCUCAGAAGGGUGGCGCAUCUGACCGGAGGUGGCGUGUGA